UUGUUGUCAGUCUGUCCUGGAGACAGCCACAGCUGCUGGACCUGAGAGGACCGAGAGUCGGACACAGAGACAUAAACAGACAGACAAACAGACAGACACAGACACAGACAAACAGACAGACAGACAGACAGACAAACAGACAAACAGACAGACAGACAGACAGACAGACACAGACAAACAGACAAACAGACAGACAGACAGAGACAGUCACAGACAGAGACACAGAACAUGAGGACCAUCUGAGACGUUGGGUUGUCUGUCUCACCUGGAGGACAGACGCCGUCACUGACCCGUGGGACGCCAUGUCUCCGCUGCAGCUGUCCGUCUACUGGCGUCUCUCGCUCAUCUUCUUCUUCACCUCCUUCCUCUUCUUUCUCGACAUUUUCACGGCCGCCAUCGCCGCGGCCUCCUGUCGCCAUGGCAAUAGCACCGGCGGCCCAGGUGUCUGGAACGGAACGCUGGCACCGAAUGCCAUGGGCAGCCAAUCAGGGCACGGGGAAAGGUCAGAGGGCAAAGCUGAUUGGAGGAUGGAGAGCUGGAGUGGAGAUUCAGUGUGUGGUUGGACAGACUGGUUGUCGUACGGUCAGACUCUCUUCAUGCUCGGCCUGCUGCUGGGAUCUCUGGUGGGAGGAGCCAUAUCUGACCGGUAUGGGAAGCGCCCGGUGCUGCUGGUGUGUGUGUGCUUACACGCCGUGUGCGGCCUGGCACCGGCCAUCCUUUCUCAUCCCUUUCUCUUCCUCGCCGUCCGCUGCCUGACGGGCGUCUGCUGCUGCUGCAUCAACGUCUGCUCCUUCAGUCUGGCGGUGGAGUGGACCCCGCCCGCCGCCCGGCUCUGGCCGCCGGCCUUUCUACCAUUCUGCUUCAGUCUGGGGACGAUGGGCGGAGCUCCGCUGGCCUGGCUCAGCACCACCUGGACACAGCUGCACCUGUCGCUGGCUCUGCCUCAGCUCCUCUGUCUGCCGCUCUACCUGUCGAUCCCAGAGUCUCCUCGCUGGCUGUUGUUAAGGAGGAGGACGGAUGUCUUGGACCAUUACCGUAGCAACAGCCCUGAAGACAAACAGCGUCUGGACUUGCUGUUGGACUCGACGUGGUCCGACCUGCAGAAAGCCACAGAGGCUCAGAAGGAGCAGCCACCUGGAGGCCACGUCCCCAGUGACAUCAUCCACCUGAGACACCCGACCGUCCUGCUGCGGCUGUUUAUCAUGAGUUACCUCAGUGCGGCGUCGGCGCUGACGUACUUUGGCAUCUGCAUGAACAUCGGCUCAUUCGGCGUGGGCGUCUACUCCGCCCAGUUCUUCUCCGGCCUAUCAGAAGCUCCCUGCCUGCUCGUCCCAUUGGUCCGCCUGGGACGCCGGCAGAUCAGCAUGCUUGCCCUGUUCCUGAGUGGAGUGGCCUGCUUCCUGUCAUUACUGCUGUCCAGAUACAACGGUGAGCCAGUGCUGGUGAUGAGUCUGGCUCUGCUGGGGAAACUCUGCAUCCUGGCUGCCACCUUCAUCUCCAUCCUGUACAGCAUCGAGCUCUUCCCCACCGUGGUCAGACAGCGGUGUGUGUCCCUGGUCAACCUGUGUUUCCGGCUCGGCUGCCUGGUCAACUCCCUUGUACCCUCCAACCCGAAUGGAGCAAUCUCAUUGGCUGCCAUGGUGGUGUACAGCAGUGGACCGAUCAUAGGCUGCGGUCUGUGCCUGCUGCUGCCGGAGACCAGCGGUGUUCCGCUGCCUGAUUCAGUGGAGGACUGUGACAGGCAGCCUUGAUCCCGCCCACCCAGCGUGAGCGCCCUUUGGAGAACAUGGAAGCCGGUGAGCAGCCGAAACAGGAAAACAGAGACCAUCCCCGCAGAGAAAGACGACACACACACAGGACUGACAUGAACACACACACACUGUUGAGUGAUGAUGAUGAUGUUAUGUGACGAGCAGUUGGAGGGCGGCCAACACUCGAGAGGACGUCUGUGUCUCAUUCUUUAUGUUUUUAUCACCAUGAAAAUAAAAUCAGAUCAAGUUUU